UCUAAUGACACGUGUGGAGUUGUGCAGGACCGCGCCGUUGACUGUGGGGGGUGACUCGGGGCGCUGUUUGAACUCUGUUUUUCACUGAAACGGCAGGAUUGAACUCGAGAACACACAACAGCCGUCAGCAGCUGCUUCACUCUUUGGAAGGAACAGGAACAUGUCUAGUCGAGGCGGUAAAAAAAAGAUCACGAAGACAUCCCGCUCGAGUAAAGCUGGAGUGAUCUUUCCUGUAGGCCGGAUGCUGCGGUACAUUAAGAGAGGACGUCCCAAAUACAGGAUCGGUGUCGGUGCUCCAGUGUACAUGGCUGCAGUCCUGGAAUACCUGACUGCUGAAAUUCUGGAACUGGCAGGAAACGCCGCCAGAGAUAACAAGAAGGGCCGCGUCACACCCCGACACAUUUUACUAGCCAUCGCCAAUGAUGAGGAACUCAAUCAAUUGCUGAGGGGUGUCACCAUCGCAGCUGGUGGAGUUUUGCCCAAAAUCCACCCAGAACUGCUGGCGAAGAAGAGAGGCUCUAAAGCCAAGCUGGAAGCCAUCGUCACCCCCCCACCAGCAAAGAGGUCCAAGAACAGCAAAAAAACACAUAUCAAGAGCCUCGGUGCCAAGAGGUCACCCAGAGUGAAGAAGCGAGGCGAGUCGAGUAAAGCCAUCAGUGCAGACAUCACCACAGCAAGCGGUGCGACCGAUGGCUUCACUGUGCUCUCCUCAAAGACACUGUUUCUCGGCCAGAAGUUGCAAGUCGUUCAAGCUGAUAUUGCUAUCAUGGAAAGUGAAGCUGUGGUUCACCCGACUAACUCCACCUUCUACAUGGGCGGUGAAGUAGGUACUGCUUUGGAGAAGAAAGGAGGGAAGGAGUUUGGAGAUGCAGUACAGGAGUUACGCAAGAAGAAUGGCCUUUUAGAGGUGGCCGGAGCGGCCCUCACGUCAGGAUAUGGUCUUCCUGCAAAGUUUGUCAUCCAUUGUAACAGUCCAGGGUGGGGGUCAGAUAAGUGUGAGGAGAUGCUGGAUAAGACUGUGAGGAAUUGUCUUGCUCUAGCGGAUGAAAAGAAGCUCAAAUCUGUGGCAUUUCCAUCAAUCGGCAGCGGCAGAAAUGGUUUUCCGAAGCAGACAGCAGCUCAGCUCAUUCUGAAGGCCAUCUCCAGCUACUUUGUGACAACAAUGUCAUCAUCUAUCAAGACUGUGUACUUUGUCCUGUUUGACAGCGAGAGCAUAGGGAUAUAUGUGCAGGAGAUGGGAAAACUUGAUGCCAAAUGAGGUUGCACUUAUUUUCUAUAUAUUUUAGAGGUAAAAAAUAAAUAGUUUUACGUUUGAAAAUUCUAUGCAGAGCUGAUACAUUUACAGUGGAUAUAAAUAUUUUUGUUGGUUUUUCAAAACAGAAGUUUAAUUGUUUUCUGUACUGACUGAGUAAAUUGUUGCACUGAAAGAAUUAAUUGUGCUUGUGUUGCAUUGACAAAAUGUACCCUUUUGUGUCUUGUUUUGCAUUAUUGUUUGAACUCAUGUUAAUACAUAACUUUAUCUGGAAUAAUUUGUGGAAAAAAAACUGAUAUGGUGAUAACUGUUCUGUAAUUUAAUGUAUUUUACACAGUUGCCAGUAGAUGGCACCCUGCGCCCAUCAUGAUAAUCAGAGGUGGCCAUCUCCUAAUUCAGACAAAUAACUAAUGUAAAAACAUUCUGUUUCAAUGUAGUUCCUGCUCUAAAAAUAGGCAGUGACCACAGACUGCAUGCUUCCAGUGAGCAAGUGUGUACUAGGAGUGGGAAUCAGCAGAGCCCUGGUGAGACAAUAUUAUAUGAAUGUCUGUAUCGCGAUAUGAAAAGGUUCUUUAAGUGUAUAGUUACUCAAACCAUUUAAAAUACACUGGCGGCUAACAAACAAAGUUUGGAAUAAUGUAC